AUGGGGGACAGGUUGAUUCGAACUCCUGAGGAUGAAGAGUUCGCCGAGGCAGAUGAGAUCCUCUCGGAUCUCCGGAAGAAAGCUGACACAGGUGAAGGCGAUCUCCCUUGGGGCGAUUGCCUCAGCAGAUCCUGGGAAGAUGGCGUCCUUCGCGUCACUCGCUCGUAUGCCACAGGCUCCGAUGCGUCAUCACCAGACGUGAUCAUCCAGGAGUUUCCCUACUCUGCACACCCAUGCUCAGGCGUGGGUGGCACAGGUGGCAUGGUGUGGCCAGGUGCAAUCGUUCUUGCCUCGCAGCUUCGGGCAAGGCCCGAGCUCCUCUCAGACGCCACUGUGGUGCUGGAGCUGGGCGCUGGCUGCGGCCUGCCUGGUCUUGCCGCAGCGUCCCUGCUCCGACGCGACGGCGGAGCCCGGCGCGUGAUCUUGACCGACGGCCCUGAGGCUGUCCUCACCAAUCUGGAGCACAACGCACGGGCUAACGAGGAGCGAGUCGCGCCAGUGGCGUUGGAAGUGGCCAAGCUGAUUUGGGAGGAGCUUCUGGAUGGCACGACGCCUCCUCCCGCUAAGGCCGUUGACGUGCUGCUCGGCUCCGAUGUCAUUUGGGGCGACCGGGGACCAAUGGUCGGUAGAGUAGCUCGCCUUCUGGUGAGGCCUGGUGGUUGGCUCAUAAUCAGCGCGCAGAAGGGCAGAGAAGGCCUCGACACGUUCCAGCGCUUGCUGUGCUCCUCUGAGGAGGCAUCACUUGGCCCGACGUUCUCUGUGGAGGUGCUGGAAGAAGAGAUGAACGGCGAGGCCUUCCUGGUCUUCAUUUGUCACCGGCUCCCGGCUUGA